UGUUUUUGGGUACCAAUCCAAAAAAACUAAAAACACCCCACCAGAAACAGAGAGAGAGAGAGAGAGAGAGAGGAGAAAAUUUUCAUUCUCAACAAGGGUUUUUUGGGUAUAUUUAUUUGUUUGAUUGAUUGAUUUCAGAGCGAUAGCGAAGAAGAAGAAGAAAUGUGGGAAUCGAUUUGUUUAACAUUGGUAGCAACAGCGGGUAAUAACAUAGGCAAAGUUCUACAAAAGAAGGGCACUGUUAUCCUCCCUCCUCUCUCCUUCAAGCUCAAGGUGAUAAGAACAUAUGCUGUUAAUAAAUUUUGGGUGAUAGGAUUUCUGAUGGAUAUUUCCGGUGCCUUGUUGAUGUUGAGAGCAUUAUCUUUGGCUCCGGUAUCUGUUAUUCAACCAGUCUCUGGCUGUGGGCUUGCCAUUCUUUCGAUCUUUUCGCACUUCUAUCUGCAAGAAGUGAUGAACAUUGUUGACUGGAUGGGGAUUACAUUAGCUGGUAUUGGCACCAUAGGAGUUGGUGCUGGUGGAGAGGAGCAAGAGUCUUCGGCAGUAUCGAUUUUACAGCUACCGUGGUUGGCAUUCGUUGUCGUGAUCGUGUUUGUACUCCUAAAUGGCUGGCGUCGCAUCUACAAGCGUCAACGGAGAGAACAAGAGCUGAUAGAGUAUGAAGUUGUUGAAGAAAUCAUAUAUGGCCUGGAAUCAGGAAUAUUAUUUGGAAUGGCAUCAGUGAUAUCGAAGAUGGGAUUUGUCUUCGUGGAGCAGGGCUUCUCCAAAAUGUUGAUUCCCCUAUGUAUCUCAAUCAGCAUUUGUUGUAGUGGCACUGGAUUUUACUAUCAGACACAUGGCCUAAAGCAUGGUCGAGCAAUUGUGAUCUCCACCUGUGCUGCCGUGGCAUCAAUCGUGACUGGUGUACUUGCCGGUAUGCUUGCAUUGGGUGAACAGUUGCCUUCAGCACCAGUUGCUCGCCUUUCACUUCUUCUUGGAUGGUUAUUUAUCAUGAUGGGUGUAAUUUUGCUUGUGAGUUCAACAAGAUUGAUGCGACACAUUCCGUGGCCAUUACGAAACUUAAUACCGAGUGGAGUGGACCGGAACUUCAAUCUCAGGCGAUCAGGUUCUCUUCGAGUCAAGGACCCUAGUCCGAGUGCUGUUAUCCCAGCCGCCACAUUGCACCAUCUGAUUUCAACACCAGCGAAAGAGAAAGCAUAGGUGAAGAAAAACAAAAGCUGAAUACAUAUUGAGAAUCAGAAUCAAUUUUAUCGAAUAUCAUCUCUUAAAAGUUCCAGGUCCGGGUUUGUUCUGCUACAACACAAACUGAAGGUUUAUAAUUGUAGCUAAACUUGCUUGUCUUUCACUCCUAUUACACUAGCACAAUUAGUGCUAAUGUGAAUAGGAUUUGAUUGUUAACAAUAGACAAUGGUCACUUUGGUUUUUAGGUUCCAAAUAUCAGUACUGUGUAAUAAGUUUUUCAUUUUAUUUUUUGAAUUAUUUAAAUCAGAUUAACAUGGUUAUAACAUUAUGUUGACUAAUGAUGUACAUUGAACUUUGGAUUUAAUGCCAAUUAAUUUAAAUCCACACAAAUGCAUGAUUGACAUAAA